AUGGAAUCCGAAAGAGCUUUGAUCGCCCAGAGGUUUGAAGAUUUGUAUGACAAAUAUGACGCGCUUGAUCUUGGAUAUGAACGAGGCAGACCCGCCCCCUUGAUGGACGAAAACGCGGUAUCGAAGGCAGCUUCCUUGCGCCGACUCCACUCAAGGAUUCUCCCUGAGCUACGCAGACUGGUUAUCAAGCUACGCUCGCUGGUUAUCACUCUUUACAAGUCAUCCAAGCGCCCUGGCGACUUGCAGGAAGAACCCGGCGACCUAGUCGAACUCAUCUUUCAGACUCAAUCGGAAAUCGACUCACUUUUCGAUCAAUUCAUCGAUGCGAUGAACAUUCUCCGUUGUUGA